CUCACUUCUCCCGGCAGGGCACUGACAGAUGGCACUGAUCUGAGCACUGUAACACAUCGAUGAGAUAUCACAGCUCCACACUAACUUGACUUAUUGUGGCUAUCAAAGGAGGUUUUACAGCUGAUGUCCAGCAGCUUCUACAUCGCAGAGAGGCCCGAGGAAAAACCUGCUGGAAGGAAAACGAGCUGAAACCACCACAGUGGAAGAAGUAUGGACUGAAGGCCUGUCUGCGUGCGUCUCUGUGUGUCUGAAUCGUAAAUGCAUGUAGCUGAAACAGAAUCAUGUCACUGAUACACACCUGGGCCUGUCUCCUCCUCUGGGUCAGCUUCGCCACGCAGGACAAAACCCCAGAUGUGGCUGUGACGUGCCUCGUGUCAGAGGAGUGCGUCCUCCCCUGCAGCUUCCAACCUGGCAGCAAGGAGACCAUCGAGUGGUUCAGGCAGGACGUGGUGGUGUACAAGUUCAAGCGGGACGAUGGUGACGACGACGACGACGAUGACGACGACGACGACGACAGCAGCGAAGAGCACUUCAAACACGAGCAGAUCGCUGGCCGUGCCUCAGUUUUCCCACACCUGAUAUCCCGCGGCAACGCCACACUGAUCCUCAGGAAGAGCAGCCUCAAGGACAGAGGCACGUACAGGUGUCACGUGAGCACCUCGCAGGGCGAACACAAUGCGAAGGUCAUCGUGAAGGUGGAAGCACCCAUCCAAGGCCUUUCUCUGGAGCUGACGAGGCUGAGCGGCUACGAGGAGAUGAAGUGCACCGUCCGCAAUGUCUUCCCGGCCCCUCGUGUAACCUGGGCGACCGAACCGCCCACUUUCGAGGACCUCCGACCGGUCACGCGCAUGCUGGCCGACAAACAGGGGCUCUACACAGUCGACAGUCGCCUCAAGAGGCUGAACGGACAGCCUGACCUCAUCUACAUCUGCAAAGUCACGACUUCCUACGGUGGUCCGGCCUGGACCACCUCCCUCAGGGAGAGAGAAAUAAGAGGAAGUCAAGGGAAAGAUCUGACCAUCCCCUGCUACGCCCCUCCUUACCUGAACAACCCCUUCCUCCACUGGAGCUUCUCCAACGGCGAGGACCCGUCCCACAUCCUCACCUACGACAGCCAGUCGGGGCACGCCGUCUCCUCGCCACCCUGGGAAAACCACGUGGAGCUGGACGGCUUCAGGGUCCCGUUUGGAGACGGAUCUCUGCGGCUGAUGGACCCCAAGCACUCGGAGCACACGGGCAGCUACACCUGCGUGUUCUCCGCGCCGUACAACAGCCACACCGAGCGCACCGACGUCACUAUCGACGAUCCUGUCGGUCAGCGAAGUAUUUCAAAAGCGCCCUCUUACUGGUGGAUUGUCGGUCUGGUGAUCGCAGUGCUGGUUCUUGCUCUGGCGUGCAUGCUGGCCUACCUGAAGAUGAGAGGAAACACUUCAAAGGCCAGAAACGACCCUGAAGAGGUGACAGAGCUGCAUUUAGUCAAAGACUCGGCAGCAGACAGUAACCUGAAUGAAAGCAGCUGUUUGACUACGGGCAGCACCAACGGACAAUCAGGCCUUCAGACUGGCACUCAGUUAACCUGAGAACACGCAGAACCUGGAACCACCAAGAACUAACAGAAUACUAACAACCACGCACACAGCUUCACACUGAUGAGAACUGACGGCCUCUCAGAAGCAGGAACGUUUCUUUGAGGUCUUUUAUAGAAAAUGAAUUCUAGUAUACACGUUCAAGUAGUUCAGCUAUUUUGGCAUCUUUGGGUGUUCUUCUAAUGAGGAACUCUUCUUGGUCCCUUUGGAUUUGAGAUGACACCCUGAUAAACUGCGACUUUUUUUAACUGUACACGCUGAAGUGUAGAACAUGCACAACAAAAGGCUUCUAACGUCUUCAUGAAGGGUCUGUGGACCCGGAUAGAGCAGCUCUGAAUCUGCUGUUGUUUCAGGAACACUUUUACAGAAAUGUUUUCUCAUGAAGAAACAGCUGCUGGUGAUUAUAAAAGCUGUAAGAACUUUUUUAGGGGUCCAGGAGCAUCUCAGGAAGUCUGGCAUUUUGAACCAGGUUUGAACCAGAGGACCCAGGUCUGAAUUUAGUUCCAGGCUUACCAAUCCCCAGGAACUACUGGGGCAAAUUUUGCAGUGGGCAAAGCGGUUCACCAAAAACAAACUGUGUGGCUGUUUCAAGGCCUGGUCACACCAGGAAGUGGUACAACCACAUUUAUCUAGCUUGGCGUCAUGGUGACAAUGCUAAUUUGUCCACUGGGUGAACUGCUCCAGCUGGCAAGCUAACGGCUAACAUGCUAGCUGAUAGGUCACAAAAGCCCCUGCAUAAUCUAUUUUACUGCUCUGUUUAAUCUCACCUGACACCUUGUUCAUCAUUGUUCAACAUUUCGUUCAAUAAAACGUUGGUGAAGAGGGAAAGUGAAGCUCUCCAAGCUAACAAGCUUGCUGAUGGUCAGUUAGCUCAUUACCUUGCUAGCUUAGCUCAGCCGCUACUGAGACAACCAGUUUACACAGUUAAAGAAAUAUUCCUACCACAGACCUGUCUUAACUGUGUAUGUCUUUGCUAUGUUGAGGAACAAUUAAUGCUGCAAUAGAGGAGGUUAAAUAAAUGUGAAUGGAGAAACAGGGCUAAAGAGCAACGACAGCUGCUUUCAUUUUGGACUCCCUGGCAUCCCAUGGCCUCUAAAAGGUGUGCUCUAUCGAGACGGCUUGCCAUUGGUCAAACACACAAAUGUGUCAAAGUUCACUGAAGUUUGAUGCAGAGAUUUGCACAGACUUACUCCACCCCUGCAGGCAAGUCCACUAGACAGUCGUUCCAAUGAAAGUAAGUUGCUGCAAAAUUUAACCAUUUGAAAGUGCUUAGAAGUGCCAAGACCUGAAUGAAUGAGACCCUUCACACACAUCUGAAAUGCUGGUGUUAUGUGGCCUUUGUUCAGACACAACGCGAGCAAAGUGUGCCACCAGAACAAGGGGAGGACAUUUUGUGAUAUUUAUUGUUUAAAGCUUUAUGUUGAUGAGUGUCACCAUUCUUCAGACACAGCGGGGAUGAAACAGCUUUCCAGCUCCCAAUUUAGUUCCUGCUGCUGAUUUUUGGCACAAUCUUUUCUCUUCAGGUCUGAGUCAAGUCAUCCCCAGAACGGCCUGGAUUUCCAAAAUUCAAAAAGACACUUCAUAUUCUACUAUCCUGCUGCAUUUAAGUUGAACUGACACUCCCAGAGGUCAAAAUCCUUCUGUGAACCGUUUUGUAGAUUAUACAGAUGAAUGUGACUGUAAAUCACGGAUGUGACUGAACAACAGAGACUCUUAAUAAACAAACCUUGACGAAAUCUUGUCAUUAUAUAAUCUGCAGCAGAUUCAAGUAGUUUCUGCUUCUCUCUGCACUGCCACACCUCGCUGUAAACAUGCAUCACGUUUCCUGAAUUAUACUUGACCUGUUUCACAAAUGUGUCAUAAUUAAUGUAAUGUUAU